AUGGUGGCGUGGCCAUUUCUCUUGCCGAAUGUUUUAGUAAGGGCAAUGGUGAGUCAUGGCUUUCUACGAUUACUUGGUGAUCUACAACGCUUGGAAGGUUACUGGAACCAAUUGCUCCGGGACUUCCCUGAGCACCCUGCCCGUGGGAAGGAAACUCGAUCCAUCCCUUUGACACUAUAUGGUGAUGAGGGGAAUGCUCUUGGGGGCAGCUGGAUGACCUUUCAUUUUCAGCCCGAUCUGAGCCCACUGCUCAGCAAUAGUGCCUGCAGCCGGUAUCUGAUCACCACAGUGCCUUCUUCCAUGUAUGUCUACGAUGAGGAUGGAGUGAAUGUCACUCUACAGGCAGUUGGCGCCAUUAUCCGGGACUCCAUCAACGAUCUUGGAACACGUGGAUGUACGAUUCGGGAUGAGUCUGGUGACACUGUAUUGGAUCUUCAAUUCUAUCUGGUUAAUUUCAAGGGUGAUUGGAAAUACAUUAGCCAACUCUUCUGCCUGGAACGGUAUGCAACUCGGGAGGAGGUGUGCUGGAAAUGUAUGGCAACAAAAGGUACUAGUGAUGAGAGCUGGUCCUAUAGCAAUGUUAGUGACGAUGCGCCAUGGAGAUCAACAAUGUAUUCCCAGCUCCCAUGGCCCAAUCAUGUGGUGCCAUCACUGACAAGCGUAUUGGGCUUCUCACUCAAGAUGAUUGGUGUAGAUAUUCUUCAUAUCUGGCAUCUAGGUGUGGGGAGGGACCUCUGUGCAAGUGCCAUACGCAUCCUUGCCUCCAAACGUGGUUACUGGAGAGGCCGUAACCAGGAAGAACGGUUGAAGACUGCCACACAGAGAUUGAAAUGGUAUGCGAAACAGAAUCGCCAUUCUCUGGCGUUGUCAAAGCUCUCCAAACAGAGUCUCUCAUGGAAAACAGAUGCAUUCCCAGAACUCAAAGCGAAGGGAUAUGAUUGCUUCGUUGUACUUCGAUGGCUGGUGUGGGAAGCUGGAAACAAAGAUAUUGGCAAUGACACUUUGGCAACCGCACUAUGGAGUGCUGACUGCUGGUUGAAUCUAUUGGCAAAAUCCAGUAUGUUCUUGAGCGACCUUGAAGAAUCAAACCGGUUGACAUUGGGAAGAUUGAUGAUCAACACAUACGCAUGUCUUGCCACACAUGCUGUUGAAAACAAACAAUUUCUGUUCCGGCUUCGGCCAAAGUUUCACUUGUUGCACCACCUGACCAUCGACACAAGACCCUCAAAUCUAAAUUCGAACAUCCACGCCACGUGGAUUGAUGAAGAUGGUGUUAAAAAAUGGAUGAGGAUCAAACGGCAAGUCCAUAAGCGGACCGCCACAAUCAGUGUUAUCCAGCGUUUUGUCUUGGGACUCCGAACCACUCUGGCACGGGGCAUGGAACUUGCCCGGUCGAGCCAAUGA